AUGCCUGUGGACAAAGAGAUUCUCGUGUCUUACAAUGCAUAUGAAAGCUAUCCUAUGAUCAGAAUGUCAGCUGGGCAGAAUUUGAGUCUUCGAUGCCGGAGCACAACUGCUAAUAAACUUCGAUGGAUGCUGCCAAUUGAAUCGAACCUCGAUUUAGAAGGGUUUAGUGAAGAGGAUUUCCUAAAGAAAGUCACUGUCGAAAAAGAAGAUGAACGGAGUCAAUUGUUUCACAUUCGAUCCCUGGAACAGAGUGAUACCGGGACAUACUCGUGUUUGGACGACAAAAACCACACUGAUUUUCUCGAUGUUUUUGUGGAAGGUUUAUAUGAUUUUCUAAAGCCCAAAACCUAUACACUCGACGUCACCUCACCAAAAUUUCUUCUUCCGUGUCGAUACGCGCAAAUCAGUCAUUGGCCUUUGUCAUCUUGGCCCUCUUUGUUUGUGGACGGAGAGAAAUGGCUGAAUAAUAUUAAAGAGCGAGAUGCUGUGACCUUUGACUCACGAUACGGCUACGAAAUAGAUUUGGUGAAACUGAACAGGAGUUUACCGAUGGGUAGUGGCCGGUUUCGCUGUGUGGCUUCCAAGGGCGAUGAAGUCGAGUGGUUCGUGCGGUUUGCUUCAAUGCCCGUGAACUCUGUGUCAAUGACGACCCCAGACUGGUUUUCUCUCAGACGAGGGCUUAACAAACGAAAUGUCACUGUUCAAUGUGAUCUGCGAUUGGACAAUACUACGAGCCAAUUUGAAAAUCAAUUACAAAUGCAGUGUCCUCGAUGCAGGCAAAAAGAUGGACCAAAGAUUCAAAAAGAUGUGCGAAUUCAUGGGAGUUCGACGCUCUUCUCAUUAAGUGUGAUAUUUGAGGAGGUUAAAUCCGACGAUUAUGGUCGGUACACAUGUUCUUGGCCUCAAAAAGUGGUCAACAAAUGGGAUGCAAAGACUCAGCAAACGUCUCCAUUCCGAAUCUUUUCCCCAUUAUCCAGAAUGCACUUUGCCCCACACGCCGAAGAGUUGACUGUUUUUCAAGGAGAGCCCAUCAGAAUAAGAGCAACGAUCCUCCCGAUAGCAGCCGAUUUUGUAAACUACACCUGUACAUGGCGGUACACAAGAUAUGUCGAUGUUGGAAGACAAAAGGUUUCCUCUUCGUACGGACCGGCAAUGGUGGCCUGUGGCGAGAGACCAUAUCUGAAGGUUGAUGAAAAUGGCAGAGUGGAAAGUUACACCGAAGAGCUCUUCAUACCGAGUCACAAACUAGCUCCUGGUGGAACCUAUGAAAUCAAAUUGAGUGUGAGCGAAGAGUUCUAUCAAUGGAUCAGGUGGAAAGUCAAAGUCGACACUCCAGUGAAAGAUUUUAUUUUCAACGUGCAAUCCUCCGCUCAUUUCGUUCAAUUCGAUAAAGUGUAUCACGUGAUUGGCGCAAAGAUUCGGCUGGGCUGUCAUUCGAGGGAUUACGUUGGCAAAUCGAAUAAGAUGGUCUCGGCAACAAGUGUCACCGGAGCAUAUGACGUUUUUUGGAACACGACCGUUCGCGAGGAUCUCAUUGUUGUUUGCAAAGGUAUCUUCCAACAAGGUUCAUUUCAUCUCCGAGUCGCCGGUCAACGUCCAGCAGUUUGGAUGAUAAGGGAUCCCGAAAUUAGCGGCGAGGAUCCGAACAGAGUUUAUCGGGGCGAUGAUAUCACACUAUUUUGCCGAGUUCACAUGUCGGCUGACAUCUCCAUGUUUUGGAUUCACAACAAGACAGUGCUAGAUGAAAGCAGAAUUGUGCAAAGUAUUGAUGGAGAUUCAGUGUUCUUAAAAAUGAAAAUCAUGAAUAUUUCGACAAAUAACUCUGGUGACUACAUUUGCGUUGCAAGAAACAAUGAAACCGGACAGGAGUUUAAUCAAACAAUCGGGCUUGAGAUUCAUGAAAUGAUAGCACCCGUAUUGCUCGUCAAUGAAACAGAAAUAGUUGAUAUGAAAGCUGGAGAAAGCCAGCUAUUAGACUGCAAAAUGAGUGGAGAUCCGACCCCUUCCAUUUCAUGGUCAAAGAAUGGGAUUGCAAUGAAGGAUAGUGAAAGUCUUCUUGUAAAUGCUUCAAUUGUUCUUCCUAAAGUCGACACCGAUGAUAGUGGAGUCUAUGAAUGUGUUGGCAAGAAUCGAGCGGGAGAAGUGCGACGGAGUAUCUCUCUUGAGGUCAAAGACGAUAAAAGAAGACGUCUAAUGCUUGCAUUCGUUGCUCUCUCCAUCAUCUUUCUCAUCUUGCUCGCAUGUGUGCUCAAUUUUGUUAUUUUGUGGAGAAGACAGAAAGCUCGAGCUCGAAAUCAAGAAAAUGCUUUCCGAGUGCUGCACGAUGAUUUAAUAAACGGAGGAACCAUUCCAGCUCAAGAUCGAAACCAGCAGAUUCCCCUCGAUCAACAAAUCAAUCAAAUCGUUUACGAUCGUUCGAAAUUUGAAAUUUCAUGUGAUGAUCUUCAAAUUUCUGAUCGAAAAACGUUGGGAAGUGGACAGUUCGGGAAAGUUUCAAUGGGAUUUUUGAAGAAACCAAAACAAAUCAAUAAUUUCACUUCCGAAACACCAACUUUAAAGGUCGCUGUUAAGGAACCAUUUCACGCAGCCUCAAUCCGUCAACACAUCAUCAACAUUCAAAUGUUGGCCGACGAGCUGAAGUUGAUGUCCUUCAUUCCACCGCAUCCGAAUGUGCUCACUCUGAUUGGAGCAGUCACCGAUCAUCUGACUAGUGGUCGUCUCUGUGUUGUCACGGAGCUAUGCGCCAAUGGGAGUCUCGAGAAAUUUCUGAAAAACCUCACACGCAACACAUUUUGUAAUGAAUUGAGAAAGGCUCAAAACAGUGAAUACAUGAAGCCGGAUCGCAAAAAUAGAGGAAAUACAGUUGAAUUGUCAGUAAUUAGAAAAAUGUCUGUGGAUGUAGUUACUGACAGCUACAUUCCGUGGACUCAAGUUGAAUGUCAAGACGAAAAGCAUGAUGGACACGAGAAGACACCAAUUGUUCAGACAUUUCUAUGCUCGACAUCCGAUCUUUUAUCGUUUGCGAUGCAAAUCGCUAGCGGAAUGGAGUUUUUGAGUGAAAUCCCGUGCAUUCAUCGAGAUCUGGCCGCGAGAAAUAUAUUAAUCACAGAGAAAAACAUUUGUCGAAUCGCUGAUUUUGGAUUGGCAAGAAGUGCUAACAAAUCUUAUUAUCGAAAAGACUUCGAGAAGCAGAAAAAUGAUCUUCUACCUUGGCAGUGGAUGAGUCCGGAAUCGAUUGAAAGCGGAUAUUACACACAAGCGUCUGACGUUUGGUCGUACGGAAUCCUUUUGUACGAACUUUUCACCCUUGGCGAUCGUCCAUAUCCUGGAAUUCCGCUCGAGGAAAUUUAUAUGCGAGUUCGAAAUGGAGAACGAAAUAAAAAGCCCGAGUUUGUACAUGAUGAUCUGUACAACUUUAUGCUGAAAUGCUGGAAUUCAAAGACAAAAGAGAGACCGUUAUUCAAAGAUUGUGUUCAAAAAAUGCGAGAACAUCUCGAGAUGGUGUUGCCGGGGAAAGCCGAAGAGAUUGAGGGAAAGUUGGCGAGUGAAGUUGAUCGACUCAACUCGUAUUCUGAGUGGAGAAAUGGAAAUACAGGAAAUGUGGAUGUCCAGCUGGUGAAAGGCUCAAGAAGUGCAGUGAAAGAUCUACGAGGAGCAAGAAAUGCUAAACAAAUGCCUAUGAGAAGUGUUCUCUAUUCUUUCGUCUCUCCCCGCCAUCAAUCUUCUUAUUAUAGGGUGAAGGUC